CGCGCUCCCGACAACUAAAGGGACGUAAAGGCUUGGUCGAGCGCGCGCGCAAGAGAAACUGAGAGUUUGAGUCACAUCAUUGGCGGCUGAAAGCUAUCAAAACUCGCCAAGUGUUUGCCCUCGACUAUCCUUGAGUUUUUUUGAAGGUUUGUUUGCCUGGAAUACAAAGGGAACAUUGUUGUUUCGGGGUUUAAUACCUCAACUUAGCUCUCUGGCACAUUUUGGCGUCGCGAUGUCUUAUUUAUUUGCAUGCACUUGCUGGAAAAGGUAAAUCAAUCGUAUACCAAAGAGUACUAGAGAGUUUACACAGAAUCUACGCCUGACUUCAAAAGGUGCUGGCAACCAUGGAUCACUUCACCUCCAUAUCCCACCGUUUCCAUCUGCUCUUUAUUGCGUUAUGUAUCCUGCCUGGAUCUCUAGCCCAAACCUCAAUCCCCAGAGGUUGUGGAACCAACAUGGACUCCUUGUAUUUUAACUUAUGUGACCUCAGUGCAGUCUGGGGUGUAGUAGUCGAGGCGUUUGCGGCUGCGGGAUUGGUGGCCACUUUGAUUCUUCUGAUCGUCCUGCUGGCCAGCCUUCCCUUUAUCAACAGCAACAAUUGGCGCAGUUCGUUUGGACUUCACACCAUUUUUCUGAUCUUCACAUUUGGCCUGUUCGCCCUCACAUUCGCCUUCAUUGUUGGGAAGAACUUCGCCACUUGUGCGUCACGUCGCUUUUUGUUUGGGGUUUUGUUCGCCGGAUGCUUCUCCUGCCUUCUUAUGCAAGCCGUGAGGUUGAACAUAUUAGCCAGGAGGAACUCGGGGCCUAGAGGCUGGGUUUGGUGUUUGGGCGCUCUAGGACUCUGGCUGGUAGAAGUGGUCAUCAACACUGAAUGGCUAAUCAUUACGAUUGUACGAUACCCAGUUAACAUAACCGGAACCGUUGCUCCAGCAUUAGCCAUUCCCUGUAACAUCGCCAACCAGGAUUUUGUUAUGGCGCUAAUAUACAUCUUAAACUUACUGUUAGCAGUUGUAGUAGCAUCCGUACCCAUAAUGGCAGGUAAGCACAAGCAUUGGCGCAAAGAUGGAGCCCUCAUUUUGGUCACAGGACUGCUUUCUGUGGGCAUCUGGGUGGCAUGGAUUGUCAUGUAUGUGUACGGGAAUGCAAAAUAUGGUGGACCGACGUGGGACGAUCCUACAUUGGCGAUAGCGUUGGUGUCAAACGCAUGGGUUUUUCUGCUGCUCCACACGGUGCCGGCGGUGUGUAGCCUGAGUGAGGAAGGGGAGGAUGAACCUGUUGCAGAAGACAUGUACCCUAGCAGAGGGUACGAGAACAUGCUGAAGGAGCAAAGCGCACAGAAUAUAUUUAUGGAGAAUAAAGCUUUCUCCAUGGAUGAGCCAAACGCAGGUAACAAGCCCGUGUCUCCAUACAACGGCUAUAACGGCCAGCUCCGCAGUUGUGUUUACCAGCCGACAGAACUGGCCAUCAUCACAAAAGGAACGGGAAAUCAGUUGGAAUCAUAUGACAAUGUAAUUCCUCGAGCGUCCACAGGCACUCCACCCCGAGCCCAGACCGGCAGCACCAGCCCCACAACACAACUUGAAGAAAUGAGAAAAAUAUAUUCAAAUGGAAAUUUCAACAGGAGACCCCAGUGAUCAACUCACGACAGGUGUUAUUUUUCCUGCUGUUUCUGAAUUAAUUAUUUUGUUUUUCCAUUGAUGUGGUCAACUGGACAGACCAACUUGAACUCGGAGGAACUCUGAGCAACAUUUAUUUGGUUUGCUUCACCAAAAGACAACAUGAUCAGUUACUGUACGUGAUAUUGUACAGUACCGGGUUGUUUGUGCAUGGGACACAUAAAAAAAAAAAGAUUAGUUGUACCCGUGAUUGUAUAGACUACUGCAAUGCUACCAGCUGUGUUUACUAAAGAAAGCACAGGUCAGCAAAGAACUGUAAAAUAAAGGUGUGCUGGAUUUCUGUCACUAUAAUGACUUUUCAAAUGCUGCUUCUACCACUCUUCAUGUAGGUGGCAACACCGUACAUACUGUAUGCAUAAGCCUUAAUUUACAUAUAAUAUAUUAAUAUUGUUUGUUUAUUUUGUUGCAGCAACAAGAUUGAUUAUUUCAUCAUUUUACAAACUUUAUGUAUUUAUUGACAGUGCAUUAAACUGAAUAACGUUUCAGAUUAAAUGCAUAUGUUCUGGUUAGUGAUGUACACUGUAAAAAUGCUCCACACG